AUGAGUGCGAUAAUAUUGUGCAAUAGAAAUAAUCGCUUACUGCAAGUGGUUCUACUGUGUUUGUGUCUUACGAUAAGAUGCUCGAUGUGUCAGUGUCCGGAUGUGGGCGGUACUGAUGACAGUGACUCUGCAAAUGUGCGAUCUUUACAGGAGAAUAGUGUAAAACAGGCGCAAUUGUUGAAGAAGUAUGAUUUUAUAAUAGUGGGUGCGAGCCCUUCGGGAUGCUUGCUAGCAAACCGAUUAAGUGAGAUAAAGGAUUGGAAUGUGCUGCUGAUUGAGGCGGGUGAGCAGGAGAACCUCUUCGUGCAGGUGCCGAUCUUUUCGGCCUAUCUACAGUCAACUAGCUAUAAUUGGGGAUACCUUGCCGAACCACAGAACUAUUCCUGUUGGGGGAUGAAGGAUCAACGAUGUAGCUAUCCACGUGGCAAGGGUCUUGGUGGGUCGACUCUGAUCAAUUAUAUGAUGUACGUGCGGGGGAACAAAUACGACUACGACCAAUGGGCUGCGGCCGGUAAUGAAGGGUGGUCUUAUGAUGAGAUUCUGCCUUACUUUUUAAAGUCAGAGAAAUCUUUCCUUCGCGAGGUAAGCAAGUAUCACGGGACGGAAGGGAAUCUGGAUGUACGAUAUCUGCCCUACCGCACCCGUUUGGCGAAACUUUUUGUGAAUGCGUGGCGUGAGCUCGGUCUGGAUAAUGUGGAUUACAACGGAGAGUCACAGAUCGGUGUGUCAUACAUUCAGUCGAACGUUAGAAAUGGUCGACGACUGACCGCGUACACCGCAUUUCUCGAACCGAUACUCGAUCGCCCGAAUCUGCACAUACUUACCAGUGCACGUGCCACACGCGUACUGAUCGAUGCGACGACGCAGCAAGCCUACGGUGUGGAGUUUAUUAAAGAUCGCAAUCGCUUCACGGUUUACGCGGAAAAAGAAAUUCUGAUGACCGCCGGUGCUUUACAGACACCUCAGCUACUAAUGCUGUCCGGUGUCGGACCGAAGGAACAUCUGCAGGAGAUUGGGAUUCCCGUGACAAAGGACCUGCCCGUCGGACAGACGCUGUAUGAUCACAUAUACUUUACUGGGCUUGCAUUCGUCACUAACACGACUAACCUUUCACUGCACGGUGACAACGUCCUUACGCUAGAUGCCUUUCUGUCGUAUCUGCAAGGCCAAGGACCGAUGACGGUGACAGGUGGGGUCGAAGCGGUGGCCUUCAUUCGCAACACCACGAACCCCGAAAGUGCGGCCACACCGGCCAACCUGCCCAAUAUUGAGUACAUUCUGACCGGUGGAUCGCAGGCGGCCGAUCAUGGCAGCGGCAUACGUAGCGGGUUCCGGUUGACGGACACGAUUUACAGCAUCUAUAAACCGUUGGAAGCGAACGAACGGGACGCAAUGACGGUCAAUAUCGUGUUACUGCAUCCGAAGUCGAAAGGCUACCUGCGCCUGAAAAGCUGCAACCCGCUGCACUGGCCUCGGUUUUACUCCAACAGUUUGAAGGAACCGGAAGAUGUGGAAACGAUUCUGCAGGGUAUCCGGUCGGCGUUGCCACUGAUGAACACACGGGCCGCCCGGCGGUACGAUGCGAAGCUGUACGAUGUGCCAUUGCCGAACUGUGCUAACUUUCGGUUCGGUUCGGAUGACUACUGGCGCUGUGCCAUCCGGACGCAGACGACCUCGAUACACCAUCAGAUAUCGACCUGCAAGAUGGGACCGUCGAGUGAUCCGACCGCGGUUGUGUCGUCGCAGCUGAAGGUGCACGGUGUCCAUCGGUUGCGGGUGGCCGACGUUGGUGUGAUUCCUUACCCGACCAGUGGACAUCCGACGGCCACGGCGUAUAUGAUCGGUGAAAAGUUAUCUGAUUUGAUCAAAACCGAAUGGUUGGGACAGAAUAUCCCAACUGCAACCGGUAUCUAA